GUUUAUGCUUAGACUCUUCGAACACUUUCAUCUUGUUGGAGCAACUCUUUACAAGUUGCACUUUCACACUUUCAUAUUGGGCACAUUUUAGGAAGAAAUAGAAAUGAAAAGCAAGUUAACAAUUUAAGCGGGCAAAUCAUGAAUUAUAUUCAAGAUAUCCUUCCUUCCCCGGCCUCCUAUUGAUUUGUUCGUACUUCCAAAUAGAAAAAGUUGCCAUUCAAUAUUUAUUUAUUUAUUAUUGUUGAUCCACAUUCUCUGCAGUUUCUGUGUUGAGUUUCAAAUACAGUGAAAUUAGUUACAAGCUUCAAACAAAGUAUGCAGACAAGAAGAAGCGGUGUGUAUAUAUGUGCGUUAGCUUCAAAUUAGAGUAGCGAUUGAGAAAAUGGGAAUACUGGUGAGUGUGAUCCGAUAUUAUUUGGGCAGUGACAUCACAGAUGAUAAUAAGAUUAACUGUGCAGAGCCUUUGAAGACGACUAUUCGCGACGAUGAUGGUAACAGUAAUAGUAACAAUAAUAAAAUGGUGAAAAGCCCAGAAAAUGGUAGUAAUAAUAAUAAUAAUAAUAAUCAUAAUAAAGGGAUAAUAAGGCGGUUUAGACAUUAUAGUAACGGGCAGCAGAUGCUUCUUGUUGGAGAGGGUGAUUUCUCAUUCUCCACGUGUUUGGCAAGGUCCUUUGGUUUGGCUCCCAACAUCAUCGCAACUUCCCUCAAUUCUGAAGUUUCGAUUCAUCCAAUUAUCGAUUUUACGGUUUGCGCCUAUGAAGAAGAAUUCUUGGUGAAGAAUUACGAAUGCGCUUUGCGCAACAUAGUCGAACUAGGCAUCAGGAAGUGCAAAGUCAUGCAUGAGAUUGACGCUACCUUAAUCGCAAACCACGAGUUCUUGGGAGCAAUUAAAUUCGACCGCAUAAUAUUCAAUUUCCCUUUUGCUGGAUUCUUUGGCAGCAUGCCACUUGAUUCUCAACUAAGACGUCACAGAAGACUUGUGAGCUUGUUUCUGAAGAAUGCAAAAGAAAUGUUGAGUGAAAAAGGGGAAAUUCACAUAUCUCACAAGACAAAUGGUGUUCAUGCAGAAUGGAAGUUGGAGUCGAUGGCUUCUUCUCAUGGGCUAAUGCUUGUAGAAGCUGUCGAUUUUAAGCUUCAUCACUAUCCAGGCUAUAAUACCAAGCGUGGAUUUGGGGGAGAUGAGAACUUCAAUUGCUACCCAAGCAAGACUUACAAAUUUAGGCUUAAAUGUUAAAAGGGCUAUCGAAAACAGGUCGAGCUAUUGAAAACAGGUCAAACAAUUUUUGUUAUUAUUAUUUAGUUUUAAAUGUAAUUUUUUAAGAAAAU